CUGUGUUUGCCUCAGCAGCAAGAAAGCAAGCGGUCUGUGCGCAGGGAACUCAUACUCGUCAUAAUGUCCCUCGCAAGAAGUAGGUUACAGUUUUCCAUGGUGCUGAGCUGCAUGCUUCUGUCAAUGGAUAUAUCGAAUGUGGGCACAAUUUACUUAGAUAAUGCUCAUCUUUCAUCAUCCUUUCUGCAUCUCCCUGUCAAGCUAACCUUCAAAAACAUCAAAUCUGCUUUCUUUCUACAGAACAAUAGACAGGGUAAUGAAGGAAAUGCCAGCCUCCAAAUGCAUACUCAACACCUUCUCAUUAUUGGCUCCACCAGUGGUGAUCCUGGGGUGAAUGUCAGCUAUGGUCCGUAUUCACAAGGCCAAACAUUUCACAGAAACCCACUGUCACUUCCAAAUACUUUCCAGCAAGCAUACCGUGCCUUGAGAGACAACUGGAGUCUCCAAGCUUUGCUCACUGAAGAAGAUGUUUUUUCAGACUGGCCAACGGUGCAGGUCCUGUUCUAUAUCUCUGGCAGAGACUGGGGUGACCGACAGGUACAUGGCCUGCCAUGUGUUCAGAUGUAUGCGGUCUAUAAAAUCCAAAAGAUCAGGACUUCUUGUAAAUUGCAAGGCGAACUCAGCAUGUGCUUGGCUAAGGUGAUUAUGCCUCUCAUGUGGUUCGAAAAAGAAACCCAACAUUCUGGUAACGCAAGUGGAAAAAGCACCAACGAAAGGCGACCUGCGAACAUAGAAGUUAAUUUGUAUGCCACCAUGGAGCCAACUGAAGGCCGCGAUAAUUGUGAACGUGACGCUCGUGUGAAUGAAAAUGGUUUUAUAAUGCCACAUAAAGUCAACGAAGAUUUUUUCAAGCAACACUUUGAAAUGAUUGGGAGGGUUUUCUUGCACCCGCCUGAUGACCCCUCUCCGCUUGAAGAAAUACGGCUCAAUGACCGGGUCGUGAUUUACCUCCCCAGCAUGCCCGCAAAUCCCCAGGAUGUUCUCAGCAUUCCCCUGGGACUUCUACACAACUACACAGUAGAGCAUCUCACUAUCAGGGUGCAAAGCAGUCAUGGCGUUUCAUUUUUGGCUGUUCUCCCAAGCAACCCUACGUUGUAUGAUGUAAGCGCAGAGAUUAUCCAUGGAGGGAACAUCUCUUCAGUGAAAUUACAAAUCCAUCGGAAAAAAGGCACACCACUGGAAAGGGCCCCGUCCACCCUCGAGAUAGCUCGAUUAGAGCUGAGGGUGCAGAACACGUCCUCGGUCAGGCGGGCGGUGCGGCGCCUGACCUGGCUGGUGGGGCCCACGGGGAGGGACCUCCCCUACCCUCCAGAGGUCAACACAGACAUUCCCUUCAGCCCGAGUGGAAUUCGCAGCAUCGUCCCCCUCGCCAUGUCCCAUGAGCUGGUGAACACAGCAGUGCUGACAGGCAAGAUGGUGAAAUUACCUCUCAGAGUUGUUGCUAUUUAUUCAAAUGGAAGAGUGACAGAUGUGUCUCAGCAUGCUGAGUGUGUCUCGCUGGAUAAAGACAUCAUAAAGGUGACCGAGUCGUGCGACUACGUGUACGUGGACGGACGGGAGAGCGCCGGCUCCACCCGUGCGCACAUCCAAGUGACCCACGAGCACUUGCGGGCGAGGCUGGAGCUGGCCGUGUGGCUGCCUCGGCUGCCGCUUCACAUCCAGCUCUCCCACUCGCAGCUCGGCCAGGUCAAGGGCUGGAGAGUGCCGAUUUCUUACAGCACAAGAUCCACAGGAGGAAUCAACUCCAAAGGCAGGAAGUCAAAUGUACGAGGUUGCACUCUCCAGUCCCAGCACACCCCGCUCAACGUCUUGACACAAUUUUGCGCCACAUCGCCUCAAGAAACCGGCGAUCUGACCUUGAUGCUGGAUCCCGAGUGGCUGGUGGAUGUUACGGACCUCGUGCAAGGUCACAUGUUUGUGGAGGACACACGAAUAGCUCAACUCAAGGAUGGAAAGACUUUGAUUGGACACAGGCCAGGCAUGACUGCCAUUCAGAUAAUAUCCCCGGUGUCGGACAUGAUAUUGGGAGAGCGCGCGGUGACAGUGAGUGAACAGAAGGUGUCCAUCAGCGAGCUUCACGUACAAGUCGUGUCGGGUUUGUCUCUCAGCCUGCACCCCAGGAGCAAUGCCCCUGGCAUCAUGGAAGCGACGACCACGACCAAAGAAGUCCUCCAAACUUAUAAGCAGGAAGCUGUGCUGUCUGUGUGGCUGGGCUUCAGCGAUGGCUCCGUGACACCACUCGAAGUGUACAACCCCCAGGAUUACAGUCUGUCCGUGAGCUCACUUGACAAAGACGCCGUGUCUAUCCGCCACUUUUCCUCAAAUGCCUGGCCAUCUGUGGUGGCCGAAGGGGAUGGGCAGGGAGGCCUUGUGAAGGUGAAGCUUAUGAUCAGUAACUCUUGCCAGAAGUCCAAGCGGAGGAGCACACUGGCCGUGUCUUUGCCCGGUGUGCGCGUGCAAUUUGACAGAAAUGCCACGAUGCCUUCUAUCAAGGGCGGAGUAAAACCUGGUCAAGAGACACGUUUGGGAGAGGAUGAUUUGUUGGAUCUGGAGCAGAACACAAGUGUCACCACGCAAGAGAAGUCCGUCGAUAAUCAAGAAAAAACUCAAUUAGGACUGCCUGAGGUUGUGAAAAAGCAGUUGGCUAGCGAACAAACGUAUAUUCGAGAAAACAUGACCGCCCUGACCAUCAAUAACUGGGUCGUGCCAACAGUAUUGCACAACAGCACUAUAAAUUCUGACCAAACUGUUGGACAACAACUCUCGAGCAGCCAUAAAAGCCUGAGCGACUUGCAGGUCGGAAUGUACACAUUGCUGAGUGUGUUCUUGCUGACUUUCUGCGUGUUUUUGAUUAACUGCGGGUUUCUGGCAGUCAGACACCAGCUGCGGCUGAAUCGACAGGCGCAGGGUGAAACGAUCUCUCACCCUCACAUCAGCAUCGAGCUCCAGGACAGGGAGGAGGCGGGCAGGGCUCAGUUCGGCACUCGCGCGGUCGAGGUGGCCCGCGACGCAGCGCACACGAGCAGGGAGAACGGCGGCGUGUACGUCGAGAAGCACUGCUACAGAACGAACAGCGACAGCCUGAGUUACAGCCAUCUCGAUGCCCUCCCAGACGAGGGCGAAGACGAGAGCACAUCGGUGACAUUCAAGAAGAAAGUCAAGUUUUCGCUUUUUACAGAAGUGCGUGAAUGACAGCAUGCGUGAAAUCCGGGACGUUUUUUUUCGGUACCUCAUGUAUAUUAUGUACCAUACUUUUGAACACAUUAUACAACGUAUAUUGCAUUCUGUGUGUGUGUAUAUAUAUUGGAUGUCCUAGGAUGCACCUUCGCAGCAGAGAAAAAAAACGUGAACAUUUUUGCUACGUGAAAAUUGUGAUUGAUUUUUAUUGACUUUGUACUUUGGUGUUUAACAAUGGAACCAAUCACACACGCACUUAUUCUGAUGGCAUUGUGGGCCUCUGCUGUGUGUUUAAUAUUUGCAAGAAAAAGCAGCAGCAUACUUCAACCACAGUACGAAUCGUUGUAUUUUCACACUUCUGAUGGCCAGUUUAGGGACCAUUCACAACAUCCAGCAUAUUUACCAGCUCCGGCUUCCGUGCGUGGCAUCCAACACUUGCCCAGCAGGGACUGACAUCACACUGCCUGCUAAUGUUGUCUCCUGUAUCAACGUGUUUGCAACUCACGUGAACAAUAUGCUCUCAUUCAUACAUUCAUUCGUUCAUUUCAGAAUUGCUUUUGGUACACGAGACGCAAUAGAAUCUGGUUAAGAGUGGCAGGGAAAUCGGUCCCCUUUAACCUGCUCGCUCGUGAAAUAUGGAGAUGAUAUUUUACAGUAUAUACAGAAAACUGUAUUGUGAAAUGUGACCUUACAAAAAAAAUAUCCGAUGGUUAUAUACCAUACUACAGUAUAUACUCUGAGUUUGUAUUGGAAUACAUACGCUGUAUACGUCCCCUAUACUCAACAAUUACAUUUUAAUUUGUCAUGCAGCCUACCGAUGUUUAAUACGCAGGGUGUAAGUAUAAUACUAUAUUAAGCAUUUGGCCUAUUUAAUAGUGUAUAUUGACAUUAAAUAUAAAACCUACGUUUAAAAUAUGCCAUGAUUUUUACGAAAGAUUUUCACGAAAGAUUGUCACGAUAUUGUCAUGCUCAAGAACCCCCUCGGGACUUCAAGAGACAACACCAGUGAAUGUGUUGCGCACUCAGUAGCCAAUCAUUGGCCAACACAUGAACACUCGACUCAUCCAUGCUCCUCUCAAGCUACUUAAAUUGCCACAUUGUGUUGCCAAAUUGACCAACAGUCCUUAAAUUACCUUUUGCUUGUCUUUGUUUGCAAAGGUAGUUUCUAUGUACUAAGCUAGGAUGAAGAUGUAAAAACACUAUUGGAACGUGUCAACGUACUUGUAGCCACUUUCUGAUUUUACUAUAUACGCCGACUAAAGCAGAAAACCAGAUCUGCAGGCUGCAUUUUAAUGUGAAGAGAUAUCCAAUGCAAGCUCCAAUAU